ACAAAAUACACCAGUCGCCUGUCUGAGUCCCACUUUUUUUGUCCAUUCAGGUUCAACACAAUCUGCUGUUUUUGUUCUCCACUUAUGAAAGUUGGCAGCUUUAAGAAUUUUUAUGUGGAUAGUGAAAAGUAGCAAGAGCACAUCAAGGAUCUGUGGGGACCGUUACUCAUGUGUGCAGACGGUGUGAACAAAAAACAAGCGUUACAACCUUGGAUCCGUCCAUUCUUUGAAAAUAAACCAUAUUUUUUCUUUUCCUCCUCGUUUUCUCUCUCCUCCUCCAUCCUUCCCUCCCUGCUUUUCUCCUUUCCUGACUAAAUAAGGCAGUUGGAAGGAGGGGAAGCUGUCCAGCCGACUCCCGCUGGUUUUUCGCCGCUCGCUGUAACAGGAUCACCGACUGAUGCAUUUUUAAUACGCACCAAAAUGUCACACUUUGAUGGAUGGUCUUUCUGCCUGGCAGCAGUUCGUCACGUCCCGCCAGUCCUUCCGAGUCCGAUCACAGGAGUGAAAACGGAACAAACAAAAGGAAUAGACUAAGAUACGGUCUGUGUGGGAGUUAACAUCUCAGUCAGAUUCAGGAUGCACUGAAGGGAAAGCAGAACCGUUUCAUUCUGUCAAUGCGCCUCAUCUAAACGCACAGCAAUAAUUUCCCACUUUACUUGAACGCAUCAUCUCCAGCGUGACGGAAGGGGGGAACCCCGGCGGUGUGACGUAGCUCAGCAGGCUGAGUGGUGAAUCCCCGUCCAGCCCCCGAUGAAAGCAGGUGAAAGCCGCGCCGCACAAAACCCGCAAUAAAACCACAAAAAAAAAAAAAAAAUCUGGCGCAACGGAGAAGGAGACGCUUCGUUUUUGCGCAGGUGCUUUAUCCUUUUCUCUCAUUUUCGUGAAAGAUAAAAACCUUUUUGUUGUUUUUUCCCCCUCUACAUUUGAGAGCAUGCAUGGCACAGAGCGGAGCAGGGCAGUACAAUAGAGGGGAGAAACCGGGGAGGUGGCUUGUGCGUAAACUGCACGUUUUGCGGCUUUAAGAAUGAAGGCAGGUGGCGCUGCGGAACACCUGGUAACGUCAGGCGUCCGUCUCCAACCUGCUGCUGCGGGUGGUGGAGGAGGAAUCCGUCCUAUCUGAUCUGCCUGGCAGCUGCGCCAACCCGGGCCUUCAGUCCCACCUGAGCGGGCUUCAGAUCCGGCCUCUUUUCUAUCAUUCCAAAGCUGCAUAAUGACACGCGAAGGAGGUUAUUUUUAAACUAUUCAAAUGAAUUCCUGUUGUGUUGUUUUGGGGCCUAAGAUGUUACCAGGACAGCUGAGCGCGCGCGUGGCUUCCUGUCCAUCACCAUAGGUGUGUGGUGGCUCCGCUUCGAUGCGCAAAGGGUUAAAAAAAGAGGCGCAGCUAGACACCAGGGGAGUUGAAGUCAUCCGGCAGCGCGCACAGCGAGGAGGAGGAGAGAUCCACUGAACACCUUCUAAAACACACACACACACACAUAUAUACACACACCCCCACACACACCCCCACACACACACAUGCAGGACGAUUCAAGCUGUCGACCUGCUCGCAGCUGUUUUCCUUUAAUGAUCACUCCGCUCUUUUCCCCCCCCUCUGCUGCCAAACACCAGGAGCUUCAGAGGUAAAACAAAGAGAAGAAAUAGGAGGUGGAGUGAGUGAGGGAGUGAGAGAGAAAUAAAUAGAAACGCGCAGCCCAGCGCCUCCAACUAUGGCUCCAACGGUGAUCAUCAGAGAACUCGCCCAGUCCGCCUCCAAGCAGCGGGCUGACGCGCAGGAUGAGCGCCGCGCUGCGCUCCUCCGGGUGUGAGAGAAGCAUCGGCGGACCAGAGACGGACAGCCGCCCCGCUCCCGGCCUGGAGGCUGGAAGCCGCUCGAUCCUCCGCGCGUCACAGCGCGCCUUCUUUCCAGAACUCUCAGAUUUUUUUAAAAUUAUAUAUAUAUUUAUUUUUUUUUACUCCCAAAACAUUCAGGAGUCAGUGCCCACCUGAACACCCGGGAAACUUUGCCUCCCUUCUCCUCCCAUCCAGAUCGGCUGCCGGUGUGGAGGGGAGCGCAGUGAGCAUCGUGCGCUCAGCGGGGCUUGAAGAGCCAAACUCGGUGUGAUCUUAUCCAAAGAACCCGGAAAGUCUUUAAAAGUCCCGGCGGCCACCGCUGCGAAGAUGCCGGUCCGGAGGGGCCAUGUGGCCCCGCAGAACACCUUCCUGGAUACUAUCAUCAGGAAAUUUGACAGUCAAAGUCGGAAGUUCGUCAUCGCCAACGCCAGAGUGGAGAACUGCGCCAUCAUCUUCUGCAAUGACGGCUUCUGCCACCUGUGUGGCUACAGCCGAGCCGAGAUCAUGCAGAAGCCUUGCACGUGUAACUUCCUGUACGGGCCGGACACCAAGAGGCUGGCCAUCGCCCAGAUGGCGCAGGCCCUGCUGGGCUCCGAGGAGAGGAAAGUGGAGAUCAACCUGUACAGGAAAGACGGCCAGUGCUUCCUGUGCAUGGUGGACGUGGUGCCGGUGAAGAACGAGGAUGGUGUGGUGAUCAUGUUCAUCCUGAACUUCGAGGUCAUGACUGAAGACGCACUGAAGGACCAUAAACGGGAGCUGAACCACCGCCUGCCCACCUGGCUUGUUACAGGUCGCCCACGAGGCUUCAAGCUGCGUUUCCCCCAGCUCCGCUCCCUGUCCAACAGCAAGGCAUCGCUGGACGACGCGGAGGCCGGCCACAUCCCCACAGCCACGCCCCUGCCACUGCAUCCGGACCACAGUCCCGAGUGUCUUGGUCUGGGCGAAUUCCUGCCCCUGCCUCUCUUACCCCCAGACCACCAGGAGCAGCUGAGUGGAAGCAGGUCGGCUCUACAGAAGUGGCCGGAGGAUCACCAGGAGGACCAACGCACCCUCCUGUGUUCGGAAACCCCUAUUCCCUUCCCCAGGCUGCCUCCCCAAGUAGCCCACCUGGUCGGGCCCCUCAACCAGUCGACCCCCUGCGUCGUGGCCCGCCACCGCCUCAGCCUUAACCCGGACGCCUCGUGCUCCAAUUGCUCCCUGACGCACAGCCGCUCGCGGGAAAGCUUCCACAGCAUGCGGCGCGCCUCCUCCGUGGACGAGAUUGAGGCCCUGAGGUCCGAGUGGGACCGGAAGAACCGGAGGGCCAGCGUCCGGCCGUCCAGCAGCAGCACUGGCGCAGUAAAUAGUAAGUCUAACAUACUGAACUCCACUUCGGACUCGGACCUCAUGCGGUACCGUACGAUAUCCAAAAUCCCCCACAUCACCCUCAACUUUGUGGAUUUCAAACCGGACCCCCUCAUCGCCCUUCCCUCUGGAGAGAUGGACAUCAUAGCCCCCUGCAAGCUCAUUGACAGGACUCACAACGUCACCGAGAAGGUCACACAGGUGUUGUCUCUGGGUGCAGAUGUGUUGCCAGAGUACAAGCUUCAAGCUCCUCGCAUCCACAAGUGGACCGUGUUGCACUACAGUCCCUUCAAGGCGGUGUGGGACUGGCUCAUCCUGCUGCUGGUCAUCUACACCGCCAUCCUGACCCCCUACUCAGCCGCCUUCCUCCUCAACGACCACGAAGAGGUAGCCAAGCAGAACUGCGGUUACUCCUGCUCUCCUCUCAAUGUGGUGGACCUCAUAGUCGACAUCAUGUUCAUCAUUGACAUCCUGAUCAACUUCAGGACAACAUAUGUGAACACUAAUGAUGAAGUGGUGAGUCACCCGGUACGUAUCGCUGUUCACUACUUCAAAGGCUGGUUCCUCAUCGACAUGGUUGCUGCUAUUCCCUUUGACCUGCUCAUCUACCGCAACGGAGAGGAGACCACCACCCUGAUUGGCCUGCUGAAAACCGCUCGGCUCCUGCGAUUGGUUCGCGUAGCCAGGAAGUUGGACCGCUACUCAGAGUACGGAGCGGCUGUCCUCUUCCUCCUCAUGUGCACCUUCGCCCUCAUCGCUCACUGGCUGGCCUGCAUCUGGUAUGCAAUUGGUAGUGUGGAGCGGAACGGUUCUAUCGGUUGGCUCCACACCCUGGGGGACCAGCUGGGAAAACACUUCAAUGAAUCCGUCCCAGGUUCAGGACCCUCUAUCAAAGACAAGUAUGUCACAGCUCUUUACUUCACAUUCAGCAGUCUGACCAGUGUGGGUUUUGGAAAUGUGUCACCCAACACCAACUCUGAGAAGAUCUUCUCCAUCUGUGUUAUGCUCAUCGGAUCCCUGAUGUACGCCAGCAUCUUUGGGAAUGUGUCAGCCAUCAUCCAGCGGCUCUACUCAGGGACGGCCCGCUACCACACCCAGAUGCUGAGAGUCAGGGAGUUCAUCCGCUUUCACCAAAUCCCCAACCCUCUCCGGCAGAGGCUGGAGGAGUACUUUCAGCACGCCUGGUCCUACACCAACGGCAUCGACAUGAACGCCGUCCUCAAAGGGUUCCCAGAGUGUCUUCAGGCAGACAUCUGCCUCCACCUGAACCGAACGCUGCUGCAGAACUGCAAGGCCUUUAAAGGCUCCACUAAGGGCUGCCUCCGGGCGCUGGCCAUGAAGUUUAAGACCACCCACGCCCCGCCCGGCGACACGCUGGUCCACGCCGGGGACGUCCUCACUGCCAUCUACUUCAUAUCCAGGGGGUCCAUAGAGAUACUGAGAGGAGACGUGGUGGUAGCCAUCUUGGGGAAGAACGACAUAUUCGGCGAGCCCAUCAACCUGUACCCCCGCCCGGGGAAAUCCAACGCUGACGUGAGAGCGCUGACGUACUGCGACCUCCAUAAGAUCCUGAGGGAAGACGUUCUGGAGGUGCUGGACAUGUAUCCGGAGUUUGCCGAGCAUUUCUGGAACAACCUGGAAAUCACCUUCAACCUCAGAGACACCAACAUGAUCCCGGGCUCUCCCAGCAGCGACGACUCCGCCGGCGGGGGGUUCAACAAACUGCGGAGACGGAAGCUGUCAUUUCGAAGACGCACAGAAAAAGACGACGCUGACGCCGGAGAAUAUAAAAAAUCCCACAAAUCAUCACGGCGAAGACAGAGGGAUGCGGUCAGCAGCCAGAGGGAGAAGGAGGAGGCAGCCAAGAGGCAGUGGGAGGGGCAUCGCAGCUCCGUGUCUUCUCACUCCAGUGGUGACGAGGGGGAGGAGCCUGUUCUGACUGGCCUCGCCCCCCCGCCCGCACUGCUGGAGCCCCCGAAGGCUCAGGCCCCGCCCCGGAGCUUCAGUGAGACCACAGAGCCAGAGGGGGACCCUAAGACUGGAAACACCUGCAACGCCCUUUCAGGUGCUUUCUCAGGCGUGUCCAACAUCUUCAGCUUCUGGGGAGAGAGCCGAGGAGGCGGUCAGUACCAGGAGGUGCCCAGCUGCAGCCUGGCCUCCCCCCCGCCUCUCAACACGCCGCUGCACAGCCUGAGCCGCCAGCAGCGCAGCCAGCUGGACGCACGUCUGGACCUGCUGCAGAAACAGCUCAACAGGUUGGAGAGCCGCAUGUCAGCGGACAUUGGUGUGAUCAUGCAGCUCCUGCAGAGGCAGAUGGCCCUGGUUCCUCCUGCCUACAGUGCUGUUUCAUCACCUCCUCAGCCCUCUCCGUACCCCGGUUCUGGACCAGGAGACAGAGCCGCUCCUGAUACAAUGGCUUCUCUAUCACAGAUCUUGGACUCGCAGAACUUUGAAGACUUUUCAGCCAAGCCUCUUGACUCUAUGGCGCCCCAGGACUCCUCUCUGAUCCCCGCCAACCAGGAUCAGCCUGAAUCCUCUGCCCUGGGCAGCCUGGGGCAGCAUGUGGAGCUGGAGCUCCAGCUUGAUAGCGGGGCUGGAGCCAUGGCUGCAGGGACUGCUGCAGAUGCGGAGAAUAGUAUAGCAGGAGGAUUGGAUUUUGUGUCAGUGGAACCGAAGCCGGCUGCAGGGACAGAGGCGUCGCCUAUGGACGCUGAGACCCAAAGAAGGCUUUCACUUCAAGAACCACAGACACCUCUGGAUUCACGGAUACCACAAAGACAUGGCUCUGACCCGGGGGGAAGCUAAGAGAAUGGGGAGGAAAAGGGAAGAAGAGAAGUAUCCAUUGUUCCAUACUGAGACACCAGCUGGAUCUACCACCUAAACCCUUUCAGGCGCUCACUACUCACCUUUUCGGACAGAGUAAAGCCAUGAUAGGGGCCAAGGGAAGUAUUGAACCUUUCCCUCUGCCACAGUCUUUGUCUUUGAGUCUCUUCUCAAGAAACAUCCUGAGCUUUCUGAGCUUCAAAGCGGUACAACCUUUAACCAAAACCACAAGCCGAAGAGAGGCGACCUCUGUCUCUAACCCAAUCAGUCCGGUCUGGAAACCCUCAGUCAGUCGCUAAGGAUAACGCUUCUUCUCAGUCAUUCUGAAAAGACAACUAAGUUAUAGAAGAAUCCCUUUACAGCUGUGUCCAGUGUUGGAUCACUGAAGAGAACAAGACAACAUCGGACAAAAUAAUGACAAACAAAAAAGUAGCCAUUUCUUGCACUGAAAACCUUGAUACAAUGAUUAUUCUUUCUAUAUAUGUCCAAGGCGCUUCCGAUAAACUCACUGACUGGUUGUUGAAUUGUAGUGUUAGCUGGCCUAACAGGAAUCCUGCUGUCCCAUUCUGUCAUUGGUUCCGUCCCCUUGAUGUCCCGCCCUCUGCCCCCCAAGAGGUGGAGCUAAUGUUCUAAUUUAUACUCUGAUCGAGAGCACACUGGAUUGGCUGGUCCACACCUCAGGGGGUGGGAACUGGAGGGUUACAAGCCAUGAAUUCUCUUGAAGAACAUAUCAGCUGCCCUAUCGUAAACAUUGUACCCAUUUGCUAGAGAGCUGAACACGCGUGGCAUGCUUGGGUUGUGUCAGCAACAGGUAAACUAGCAAACUUACGCGGUUUCCAUAAGAGCAGUAUACCAAAACAGCUCCCUAAAGACUUCAUCAAGCAACUCCAUGAACUUCAGUAUGAGCUGUGGCCUUAACAAGGUCACCUGAUCAUCACUGUACGAGAAGUGACGAAGUCAGCAGCGAUUUCUGAUGCCCGGUUAAAAGCUCAUGCAUAGAGGAAUUCUAGUUUAUCAUUGUUGAAUUUGCUACCUCAGAUUUUAUUGCUCUUUACUUUUUUGUUUUCACCUCAAGCACGCAAACCCUGAAUAUUUCUACCUUGUACAUAAGUAAGUAUACGAGUUUGCCAGUUUACAACGACCAGCCGAAUGCGCCAUUAUUCAAUGUACAGUACAAUAUGCAAACACUGGCUAGAAGAAGACGAUUGCGUGUGCGGUACUGCUGUGUGUGGGCUCGGGUCCGGUCGCAGGCUUUCGGUGUGCGUUUGUUUUCGUCUCAUGCAGAGUUUGCUGUGUUUGCUUCAACACAUGGUAGAGGCUCACUGGAUUCUCUUGUUGGUUAUUUAUUCCCCCCAGACAAAGACAGAUGAAUGAUGCCUUGUUGAAAGAGACAAAUGAAAGGUUUGGUAUGUGAAAUACAAACCCCUUCAAUGUUGCUUUGCAGAACACACGUCUCGGUUACGGUGGUUUGCCUGCUUUGGCACCAUUUUACAUGGUGGGUCGAGAGGUGUGGUCAACAUCUGUAUGCUGCUUUUUUCCUCAUUUUGCAUCUCUAGAUACCACUUACUUUAUUUUGGAGCCUAAUGUUCUUGAGCAUGCACCCUAUUUUUACAUACAAAGUGAAAGUUUUCACAAAUCACAAGUAUGCUUUAAAGAAUCUGUAAUUUGUGUAGAAUAUUCCAUUCCCUGCUUAUGGGGAACUGGUUGUAAAGGUAACACAGUCAAAAAUGAACAGCAGUAACUUUGGUUAUUUAGCCUAUCAUAAGAUAAACUUUUAAACUAAAUAUCUACUGUAGUUAGCAAGCUAAAUGCAUACAAGCAAAAAUCUUUAGCUCAAAGCCAAAUAUUCAGCUUAAAACUAAAUAUUUAGCUCCAAACUAUUUAAUUUCAAGCUAGCAAGCUAAAUAUUCAGCUACAGACUAAAUUCUUUGUUAGUGAGCAAAAUAUUUAAUUUGUAGCUAAAUACAUAGCUUAGAGCUAAUAUACAAAUUCACUUGCCGAUUUGCUAAUUAAAUACUUAGGUUGAAAUGCUGAUAUUUUUAAAUGAACAAAUAACAUGGUGAAAAUAUGACUUCAAAAAUAUGAAACCCCCAUUUUUUGCCUCUCAUGACAGGCUAAAUAACCAAAAUAAUUGCUGUUCAUUUUUGACUGUGUACCUCUACAGAUUCUACCUUUUGGCUGCUUGCUAAGUCCAUACACUGCAGUUUCAGGUUUUCUCUUCAAAUUAAUUAAAAACUGGGCAGUUCAGCACCAUUAGCCAUCCCAGAAGUUGAUACUAGACUUGGCACAUGCUAAUGGCUAAUGUUUCACCAGUUAUUUUCUCAUAGUUCUAAGAAAUCACUUGUAUGUGGUCUGUCACUUUUUCGCCAAUUCUUUUCUUGACUUUGUAUCCAGAACGUUCUAACAUAAACUCUAAAUGUGGAGGGAAUUGCUCUGUUUAAUGAAGCAAGGGUUGUCAGCUAGCCUGACAAGAAUUCUGUGUUAACACAGUAGAGCAACAUGAGGACUACUUCCUUUUUUUUUCAAAAUAAGUCUCAGCAACUAUUGACCUUUUGCAACUUCGUCAACGUAUCACAUUGAGGAGAAUGAAGAAAAGCGGAAGUGAGGAUGGGAGUAUUGAACUGAUUGUUUUCUCUUAAGUUAAUUUGUCUGUAGAAGUAUCACACCUACUUGGGCCUCAUAGAGUGUUAUUUACAAAAGUUGAAUAUCUAGCUUAGAAACCGACCCAUAUCUUCUCCCUCCUGACGUGUUUAUUGAUUUGAUAAAAACGCAGACUUUGCCUGAAUUCACGCCCCAUACCACUAUGUCAUAAACUGCAUUUCCCAGAUUGUACAAAAAGUCUAGAUGCUAACAAGGUUUUUUGGACAUGGUAGGCUACCUGAUGGUGAGGCAUUCUCUUCACACUUACUAAUGGUUAGACACAUACCUUCUUCAAAAUGCAAUAUUAGAUGACAUCUUACUAACAUUACCUCAUCUUUAUUAAGUGUAUAAAUGUUAAUCUUCUUACCUCAUAAAAAGUGUUCACUACAAAUCCACAGAUAAAACAAGGGCUGCCAGUCCUUAUGAUUGAUGGUUGCUAUCUAUUACUAGUCUAUAUUAUCAGGCUACCAACUGUCUGUUUUUGACAAUCUUUACAGGAAUUAACAAGCUCAUUGGUUGUUUGACGUCCGUCAUGGUGGAGCGGGUCGCUUUCUGAACAGGGUGACGUCACGUGCAAAGGGUCAAUAACAUUAACCUUCAUACCUGGGUGCCAAAAGAAGCCACCCGAGGCCAGUACCUGUAUACACAAACUUUAAUAUUGUGAGAUGUUGCUUCACCUCUAAGAACCCCAUCUUGAUAACCUUUAAAAUCUUAAACCAUUUUACAGGUUUAGAAAACAUAAACAUAAGUUGCAUGACGUGUUCUGGCAUUUUGAUACUAGGUGUUUAGGAUGGUCCAGUUUAGCUAAUGCUAAAUCCAUUGGCAUUAGCUUGUGGAAUAAGCUAUUUUCUACUUUCUACAUUUCUGCUGCAGGUAUAACCACUCAACAGAACCCCCAAAAGACUGUAUUGUCUCUUUAAAACAUUCUUUUAAGUCCGUCUUGACUCCCUUUUUGAGUUCGAGACAAAACGUCUAGAUGCUAACAAGGUUUUUUGUACAUGGUAGGCUACCUGAGACAGGGCAUUUACUCCCUGUCUUUAAAGGUAUCUCAUCUAUCCAAUGUGGUCAACACAACAAAGCAUAUGUUCAGUAAGUAUGAUGAAGAUGACGUGUAGAAAAUAUUUAAAUGUUAGCAGCAUCAGGCAUAUCAUUAUGACCCUUAGCUGGUUUAGUAAAAAUGAAAAACUAUCACCGGAGCAUCAGACGUUGAUCAUGACGUAUUUUGGGUGAAGUCUAUGCGUUUAUCCAGACACCUCAACCUUGUGAAAUAUUUCAAAUAAAACGCUAACUUUUGAGUUCUUAGGAUGAAGGAAAAUAAACACCUAUCUCACCACCGAAUUGUCUUCCCUGAUCUAAAAUCCCACAGAUUAAGCUUCUGUUUCUGUAAUAUGCUGAAGAGUGAAGGAAAAGUGUUGGCGAAGUGCAAUAGUAUUUUAAACAGUCCUGACCUGUAGCAGCUUGAGUACGUCUGGAAGAGGAAAAAGAAGAAAAAAAGUUCUGCACUUUAUGUUCUUGUGCACGGCGCACAUGUUUUAAUGAAGACUCAGGAAUGUGUCAGUCAUGUCAUGGGUGUCCGUUUUCCUUUGUCCAACAACUCAAAAUCAACCAAACAAGACACUUUAACAGAACUCAUCGUUGGCAGAAUUCCCCUUUAACGAAGUAUUGAGAAGUUGUUACUCUGCUGUUUGUCUAAGUUAUUUAAUUUAUUUGUUGUGGUAGAUAUAUUUGGUUUGCAUGUGAAUCAUGACUGAAAUCAUUUUGUCUCGGCUAUAUGAAGAGCUGGAGGACCUGAAUGUUCUUCGUGGAACCUGUUAGGCGCUCUACGUUCUCGUUAUUCUAUUCAUGUUGCUGAAAUGUAUACAUACGCACCAUAUUUCUCUAUAUAUAAUCAAUACUGAUCAACAGAGGUGAUUGAUGUGCAUAUUAUUUAACGUUAAUAUUACUGAAUCACUUUAUGAACACCUGUGAGAGCCAUUUCCCUAAAGGUCGUCGUCCAUGUCCACUUGUGCGCAGCUCGUGUUAUGCUUUGUAACAGUGCACUUUAGUAUUGAACCAAAGCAAGGGAAUGCUGUAACCAACCAUCACUGCUGACAUUUUAAACCCACACGUGACUCAGCUGAAGGAGUAAACAAAAAGGAAUGGGACAAUUUGAAUGCAGAGGUCGCAAUAACUAGACAAGACGUGACGAGGAAGAUGUGUGAGAAUCUGAAGGCUCCAGUGUGGAAACUGACUCCAGGUUCUAGUAUGUAAAUCUGAAUGAACAGAUCAUGGAAGCCCAAAGCUGUCCAAAUCUGACUUGUUCUAACUACUGAAGCUAGCUGCUUGAUGCUAACUGGUUUACUUUGCCAACACACUCCUCACCAUCACCUCAUGUACGUUAGCGCUUGCUCUAUUUAUUAUUUCAAUGCCGUCAUGGUAAAUAAAAACCAUGCAUUGUUAUGCUCAAAAGGUUUUUGAUGCAUCAGGACAAAAUAAAAAUCAUCUGGAUUUUUAUCACAUUCUAAAAUGAUUUAAAUCUAACUUUAGAUGUAAUUCUACACUGGUAUAAAAAAGAAAAUUAGUUGUAAAAAAAAAAAAAAAAUCCACCCUAGAUUUAACAUCUUGUA